UCAGUAUAUAAGAACCCAAGAAUGGGACAAAUCCUUGUCAGUGGAAUUUUGGAGGACCUCGAGGAAUCAGGAGAAAGUUUGAAGCCAUGCCAUGGAGUGGUUUUUUUACAGGGUGUUCAAUCAUCGGACUCCUUGCCGUCUUUGUCUCAGUGAACUCCGAAUCCCCUGCUCAAGAGACCCUCGACUUGAAAGACAACGAAUCCAACCUGAAUCCCUUAUUGGUGAAUCACGUCUUGCGGGUCAAAAAACCUUGCAAAUCUAACCUCGACAUAGACAUGAACCUCGAUGCUCCGAAAAUACCUCGAUCUAAACGAUACGCUUAUGAUGAGGGUAUGGAGGAAUCCGACAAUCUGUCUCCUUGGAACGCUGUCUUUCCCCGGCGAGGUAGUCGGAAUGAUGCUCUUCGGCACGCCCUCAGGAUCAAACGCGUCAAUGACAUGUUUAGCAAACACGCCCUCCGGGUGCGCAAGGCCUCCUCUCGCGCCCGAGGGUAUGCUCUUCGAGUUAGGAGAGGGGACACUAUUGACCCAAGCGUCGACGAUUACACUGACUUCAUGGAACCUACUUUCCGAGGACAAACCAUGACAUCAGACCUUCUUGGCUCUAACUAAUGGACAAGAUAAAGUUAUAAUGAUAUAAGAUUAAUACUACAUGUACAAAGUCAACUAACAUAAUACAUCAUAUUUAUUCAUAUUCGUCACUCUUUGGUUGGUGGAGGAAGAUGAAGUUGUUCUUUCAUGAAUGAAAAAAUAGGCGAAAGAAUGUGCCAAGCUUUCAAAGUGGGACAUUAGUUCCUGACUGAUUAAAAUGUGAAAUGUUCAGAAUGGAUAGUAUAAUUUGACUAAGUUCUGUUGCUCUGGGGAGAAGCUGUAAAGAGUUUGAAAUAUAAAUCAUGCCAAAAAGUGA